CAAAAUGAAUAUAAUAUAGCAAUAGAUGCAGCUGAUUCAAGGGCACUGCUGAAGAAUGUCCUGAGUGCUGGCAGUGAUAUGCAAACAGCAGAAAUAUUAGGCAUAACAAGAAAAGAGAUACCUGAGGCCAUCAAGGCAUUACAAAGAGCAUUGGAAAAGAUCAUAGAGAAGCAAAGCAGCUUUUUCAUGAGAAGGAUUAGUAUGCAGAGGAAGAAAGCUGUCUCACCUGUUGCAGGCAAAAUAAAGACAUUAAAAAUAGUGUCCACAACCUGGAGUUUGAGUGACAGUAGUACAGACAGCAUGAGGAAGCAUCAAGAAAUUUCUUCUAUGAAGAGGAAAGAUAUGUUGAAUCAAGAGUUUAUGGAGAUUGGUAUUGAUGCAUUUGAAGGUGCCAAAGCAAAUUUGAAUCUACCAAGUUGGACCAUCACUUGGGGCUCAUCCUCUGAUGUUUAUAGGAGAACAUGGCUUGAACAAACUGUGGCUAUUAAGAUUGUUGCAGAGACAACUCCAAGAAAUCUGUUUAUCCAAGAGAUCAGGAUCUGGAAGAUGCUGCAACACUUGAAUGUACUGGAGCUAUAUGGUGCCAGCAGUGCCAGUAGUGAUCCACUGUGGUUUUUUGUCAGUUUUUAUCUGAAGAACAGAAUAUUGGUGGAAAUGGCAUACUUAUAUAAUAACAGCAUGUUGCAUGGAAAUCUCAAGAUUGCAUAUAAUGUUCUUGUUGAUGAUCAGCUUUGCUGCAUCAUCUCUGACUUUGGUCAGAGUGAGAUGAAAUUGAAAGCCUUAUGCAUCAGUGAGAUGCCCCUGCCUUAUAACACAUUGAGGUGGCAGACACCAGAGUUGAUGAUAGGUCUAAGCCAGCUGACUACUGAGAUAGACAUGUAUGCAUUUGUGAUAUGCUAUUCUCAUCCUAAUAUUCCAUUGAUGCCUUUCAGUACUUCAGCUUUGCAAGAGUUGAUUGAAACAUGUUGGCAGAAGGAGCCAUCCAUGCAUCCAAAGUUCUCUACAGUCAUUCAAGAAUUGAAGCAGAUGCAAAAAAGCUUAGGAUUAUCUGAGGAGGUUAUCUCACCAGAACUCUCUGAAUGGCAAGACAACAAAAGUUUUGAGUUUCAUGUCUUGUGUCUCAGCUCAGAUAUACAUUCUAUACCUCUGUUAUCUGGUAUGUCUUAUAAGUCUCUAAAUCUCUUAGCAGAUUUUUCUCAUUUAUUUAUAGCUUAUAACUUGACUCUUGGUCUGCUGCAAGGUUCUCCUUCAGCAUCAUUCCAUACCACUCAAAAAAGCAUUUGCAAUAUAAUAGAAUACAAUAGUUAUCAUUCUCCACCUAUUGCUAACAAAUGA